CUCUCUCGCGCUCUUGCCUUAAGUCUCUCACACACCGUAUGGGGAGUGCUUCUGGGGAGACUUCUAAAGGGGGGGGUGGGGGUGAGUUUUGCCCACCGAAUAAAUCAACCCACCACCACCCUAGCCGCCCCGCACUCGUAUCGUAUCGUAUAUGCUCACGGCAUAUUCGCCCAACGGUUCACAGCUUCGCCCCAGUACGUGGCGCUCUCAGUACAGUUGCAGCCGUCUGGUGUGGUUCGCGAAUUCGCGCUUGUGUUGACCACCUUCUACACCCGUGCCGCGAAUAUCCGUGCCCGUUACUCCGUGGGGCACAAGAUAAAACCCGGGAGAAAAGCGAACGAAAAAAAAAAAGCUCACUCGCACUUAAUACUCCGAGUCUAACGAAGACGUGACGAGACCCACCGGCCACCAAAAUGGAUAACAGCCCUCCACCACCCUCAGCUCUGAACAACUUCCGAAUCUUGUACCUCGUGACGCAGCUGGUCGGCAUCACGAUCAUCAUACUGGUGAGCUGCUGGAUCGGCAUCCAUCUGAACGGGCUUGGCUGGUCGUCCCGCCCAUCGAUACAGUUCAACUGGCAUCCACUGCUGAUGUCAGUGGGCAUGAUCUUCCUGUACGGAAACUCCAUCUUAAUCUACCGCGGAUUCCGGUACGCUCGCAAGAAGCCGCUCAAGAUUACGCACGCCACCAUACACGGCGCUGCGUUCAUCUUUACCGUGGUCGCUUUGGUGGCCGUCUUCGAUUCGCACAACCUUGCCAAACCGAACCCGAUCCCGAACAUGUACACGCUACACUCUUGGGUGGGAUUGUCCGCGGUGCUACUGUUUUCGCUGCAGUACGUGUUUGGCUUUGCGGCCUAUCUGUUCCCGGGUGUACGUGAGCAGCUGCGAGCAACCUACAUGCCCGUGCAUGUCUUCUUCGGUGUAGCCGGAUUCGUGAUGGCCAUCGCUGCGGCACUGUUGGGACUGCUGGAAAAAGCCAUAUUCUCUGUACCAAACUAUUCCGCACUACCACCGCAAGCCGUUCUGAUCAACACGAUCGGUUUGCUGUACAUCGUGUACGGUGGAUUGGUCGUGUUUCUCGUCACCGAACGACAGUACAAGCGGCAUCCACUGCCGGAAGAUGUGAUGCUACUGACACACAGCACCAGCGUCGGAUCAUCGUAAACAGUGUCCGGCCGGCUGAGGAGAGUGUGUUUUCUCUGCGUGGAUGUCCCUUGUGGAAAGAUCUCAAGCCACAAUCGCCGUAGCUCUAACAGGUCCCAGCAAAAAAACAUUCCAAAACAGGGAGGUCAACGGGGACAAGGAAUUGAAUCUACAGCAUAAUACCUAACAGCAUAGUAUUGACCCAUCGAAGGUGCAUUUGAAGCGGAGACCCUUUCGGGAGGGGCACUCUAUAUUCGCUGCCGAUCCUUCUACUCUACUCACUCGAGUGUGUAUUAUUAGUCCACUUCUGUGUAUAUACUUAGCGAAUGGUACGAAGCAGCUAGGGAGUUAAGCUCAACCGUUUGUAACUAAUCUAUCCUUAGCAGAGAACAACUUGGUACCCUGUCGCCGUGUUUCUGUUGCUUCACAUAAUGUACAACAUGCAUACGUACCAUACAUAUAUUUAAUAAACAUUAUCGAAC